AUGUGUGCAUCUCGUAUAUCGGUCAUGACUUUUAAUAUGUGUAAAACAGAUGGUUAUCCUAUUAAUUGGCCACAACGUCGUUUACCUAUUAUUGAAUGUUUGACAACAUUUACGCCUGAUAUUCUAUGUGUACAAGAACUGCAUCCAUUAUUACAUGAUACUAUUGUUGAAUCAUUAGCAUCACAUGUGUUUGUACAAGAUGACUUUCUUGGAUGGCAAUCUGAAGGAAACAUCUAUUGGAAUUGUGAUAUGUUCAAAAUGAUAGAAUACGGAAUGGUUGAUAUUGGUAUAAUGGAACCGCUGCGACGUUUAUUUUGGGUACGAUUAGUAAUGAAAAUAAGUGAAAAUGACAGCAAACAAGAAAAUCAACUGAACACAAAAGAAUUACUUGUAGCGACUGCACAUUUCACGUGGGAAGGUCAUGAAGAAGAACGUAAAACUGAUAUUAAUUUACGUAAACAACAAACACGUCGUACUAUCACUGCUUUACAAGAUUUAACAUCGAAAUUCAACAAUCCUCAACUGGCUGUGUUGUUUAUGGGUGAUUUAAAUGAAAAUUAUCAUCCAAGGCGAAUUUUACGCGAAGCUGGUUUUGUCGAUUGCUUUGCUGAAUUACGAUUACCAACACCAAUCACCCAUCCUCAACGCCCUAGUGAACCUAAAGAAGACAUUCAAGUGGGCACAACAUUAGAUUGGAUUAUGCAAAAUCAGUAUGCACGUCCGAUUUUAGCAAAUGCACUGCAAAAUAUAUUUUGUUCUGGAGGAUAUUCAGUAUCAGAUCACUGCCCUGUUAUGUGCGUCUAUGAAAUUGGUACAGGUCCAUAUAUUUCAAAUGCAGUACAAGAUUUUAGUGGAAAAAAUAUUGUCAAAUGGACGUAG